CAAACGCCUGGCUGUCCGGUCGCUGUCCCCUACCCCCCCGCCCUUCCCCUCCUCGUGCUCCUCUAACCCUGCUCUCCCUGUCUUUGUCUUUCUCUAUCUCCCUUUCUAUAUAAAUAGCCAUCAGAGUACUAUUAACCACAGCCCCAGGCCUGGAAAUGGAGAAAGCGCAUUUCUUUAUGGGGAGGAAAAGAAGAGAGUGCUCUCUACUGUGCUUGGAACAAAGAGGUCGAAGACGAGCCCAAGUGUUGCAAGAGAGAGAAGAGGAAUUGGAUAGCGCCGUGAGCAUGCCGGCGAUACCGCCGCCGCAGACACCCGCCGAGCCUAUGGAGUUCCUCUCCCGCUCAUGGAGCCUCUCCGCCUUCGAGAUCUCCCGUGCCCUCCUCGCCAGCAACAAUAAGCCCAAAUUUGUCGCCAAUUGCCACCCGGAUUCUUCCGUCCACCUCCACCGCGGCAACGAAGCGGCUAUAGGCACGUGGGUUCGGCAAGGGGAGCUGCGUAAGGAGAAGGCGAGGAGCAAGGAGAAAGUGAGGAUAGCGAGUGCGCGGAUCCACGCGGCGGUUUCGGUGGCUGGGGUGGCUGCAGCGGUGGCGGCCGAGGCCGCCGGGAUGAGAUCGCAAAACCCCGGAUCGAAGAUGGGCGCCGCCCUGGCUUCUGCCACCGAGCUGCUCGCAUCGCACUGCGUGGAGAUGGCGGAGAUGGCCGGCGCGGCGCAGGAGCAGGUCGCAGAUGCAGUCAGCUCAGCAGUGGACGUCCGCUCCGUCGGCGAUCUGAUGACGCUCACGGCGGCUGCGGCGACUGCAUUGCGAGGAGCUGCGGCGCUGAAACAAAGAGUGCAGAGAGAAGCAAUCAGGAGCAAUGCUGCCGCAGUGAUACCUUACGAUAGGGGAUCCUACAGUGUCAGCCCGGAUAUCUGGUGCAAGGAAGGCGAUCUUCUCAAAAGAAACAGAAAUGGAGCCUUGCAAUGGAAGAAGGUGUCGCUUCACAUCAACAGCAAGUCACAGGUCAUAGUUAAGAUCAAAAGCAAGCACAUAGGUGGGGCUCUGUCAAAGAAGAAGAAAAGUGUUGUUUAUGGUGUAUAUGAUGAAGAACUGGAAUGGAAUGGGUUGGAGAAGAAGGGUAGAGGAAUUGGAGUUAGCUUUGGGUUGAGAACAGCAGAAGGGAACAUUGUGUUCGAUUGUGCGGACAGCUUUUGUAAGCAGAAAUGGGUGGAUGCAGUGCAGAAUCUUCUUCGGCAAGUUAAUGGGCUAAGUGAUGGAGACUAUGGAAUGCGACGGUCUAUGGAACUGCUUAAGAUCAUUAGUUAGAGAUUUUCUCGAUAUGUACAGAGUUUUAAGAUUGAAAUGUGAAGGAAUGAGAGGAGGAGUUUUGAUAUGUAUAACGUAAAUCGGUUCUAUAAAAUUUUUGAACAGUGCAUGACUGAUCCAACACAUUUUCAAUGCGAUUUUUUUUAGAACUUUUA